GUUGCCGAUCAUAUCAACGAGAAGAAACGUUGUCGUGAGCUUAUUGAUCAGUUGCGGACAAUGCGACUUGAUGUGGACAACUGGGGCGAAUUAGUGCUGCACGGUCACUUUCGUGUGGCUGGCAAAAAGGAUCUACGCCUCGUUCUCCUGUUCCACCGUGCCAUCUUACUAUGCAAGUACACACGAGCCGCACCCCAACUGUCUCAGUAUAGCGCCACUUCAGCCAGUGCUAGUGCCGAUCAGGUGUGGUUCAGUUCAACAUCCGCUGCAUCGUCAGCCUCAGCUUCCUCUGCUACUCACGCCAAUGAUUUGGCCUCGUCCAAUGCGAGUCUUCCCGGCCUAGGCUAUUCGAUCAGCUUGACCACUGUACACAUUCGAGAGAUAAUCAGUUGCGCGAAUCUCAUGCUGGUCGAAUGUAUCCCCAAAGAUGCCCUUGCGUUUCACAUUCUCCCGUUUGACAAUCCGAAAGCGCAACGCACAUUGCAAGCUCCCACACUGGAAGUGAAACGACUCUGGUGUCGGGAGAUUAAACGUCUAAUCCUCGAGAAUUAUGAUGCCGCUAUUCCAGAGAAAGCGAAACAUAUUGUGCUGAACAUGGCCGAAUUGAGCACAGCUCACGGAUUACUUGAUCCCUCCGGGCUAAACGAUGCUGUUCUCAAAGGAAGUGGUUGUGGUGAUCAGUUGGCCGGUUCCCCGCUAGCCAAAGCUUCUCCCCCGACUACAGUCGCUCGCACACAGACCUUGGACCGUGUGAAUACGGCAGUGGGGAACACAGCCAGCGGACCGUGGUUUCGAUCUCGGACCGGUGAACGGAAACAGCGCUACAGUGAUACUACUGUCCCGGGUACGAUCAAACCGAGUGUGCUUGGAAUAUUCCUUGUCUCGAUUAUGUUACACGGCUUUUAUUGUCUUCAAACACAUUAUGAUCCGAAUGGUAUUGAGCGUUCUGACGAAGAUGAGUAUGCGUGUUAUUUUGUUAAAUUGACCAGUUAUUUUCACUAUAUCGCCCUCAAAAAGUCCAGUGCAUAUUCCUUAUUCGAACCCCAGUCUUCGUUGCAAGAAAGUCCUCAAAUGAGAUCUGUCGUGCCGAACUCUACCCCCAAAACUCCAGAGAGUUUAGGGGACGCAAGCGAUGGUUUGGACGCAGUGUUCCACGAUGUGUGGAAUAAAUACUGGUCGAAGCACUCCAGUUCCACUAACCAAGACAAUGGUUCCACAACCACACAAAAUUCUUUUGGUCGACCCAAUUCACCAGCUGGAUCACCUAGCAAGGUGCCGUUAUUGUGUGACACUGACACCGAUUUCCGGUGUAUUGCGGUCGAGAUCAAUGAGGAACGUCUAGGUGUUGAAGUACCGUUGAGUACAACUGGCCAGUCACACCCAAAAAAUGUGGAGAAACCAUGUGCAUCGGAGGCGCCACCUUCCAUGAACAAUGGUCAGCUUACUCGUCGAAGAACAGAUAUAUCACGUCCGCAUAAGGCACCCGCUCCUCAACCUCCAGAAUCACCUCAAAUCCCCCAAACGGCUUUGACUCGAAAAUCGGAUAACCCAAAUCACUCCCAAGGUCGGCCUCGAAUUUCUUCCGUCUACAUUGAUUGCCCGAGUGCAUCGUGCUACGAUGUGGUUACUUUCGGCCGCGCCUACGAGCAUUAUAUUGCCAAAGCUCGCGCCCAGGUCGCGUUGUCACCGCGUGAUUUAGACGAGAUAUUCAGCCCGUUGCGCGAGCUAGCACAAUCCUUCGACACGGCUGGUGCACCCAUGCGAGCAGCCACCGUUCCACUGUCUGGUAAUGUGGAAGCUACGGAAUUACGCCUACUUAUGCAUAAUCAAAGAGCCGCCACAGCGGAACGUGAUCCGUUUUUCUAUCGGCAUACCUCCCCAGUUCAAUCUCUCACUCAAGCCGGAGUUCAAAGUGAGUUCAUCGGUGAUGUUGACAACGCUUCCGCGGAUAACAAUGAUGGUGAAGAGGAUGACAAAACUAGCAGCCAUGGUUCUUCGGGAGCCAGCUCACCCAGGCAUUUGGUUAGCCGAAUUGCAAUUUCGGGAUCCCGUUCUGCAUUAGCCACAGAAAUGACAAAGACCAUUGUUGUUCAACCAGCUUGCAACGAUUCCACGAAAUCGACCACCACCUGUUCGAUGAGUUCAGCCACGACCAAAUCUCAACGUUUGUUCGGGUUGAACAAAGCAAAUUCGAAACGAACCGAUAGCUUCUGGACGGGCACGCGAAGCUCAAACAUUCAUACUGGGCUAUUGUCCAGUCCGCGACGACAAAAGGCUACACAAUCGUCGAACCCCCACUGGUCUGAGGACGAUCUGAGCAACGUGGAACUUUCCAAGAACCUUGUAACCAACGGGAGUAAAGAUCUGUCCAAAUGGACAUACGAAUACAAACAACAACGCGGUUCGAAAAUGACCUGCGAACAAAAAAAUUCAAUCACCCCAGUCCGCCGUUCCAGUUUCAUCAAACCCAGAUCCAUCAGCACUGUGAACAACACUUAUUUGACCGAACCUUCGGAUAUGUCUUGCAUCGGAAAACCGUCCGGUCGUUCACAACCUCCAUCUCCACCAACCGAAGAACUUUCUUGCCUUACAAAGUCACCUCAACCUGUCGAUGAUUCACUUCUGUCACGUGGGAACCGUCGAAAAUCACGUACUGCUCCUCCACCUCCAUCUUCGAUCUCGACCGUGUCUCGGCGAGUGUCUUUCAACCCAUCAGAUCGUGCUCCCUUGGCCCAGGUAGAAGCAACCAAAGAUUUGGAUCUGGACGUUUCCGUAUGUCGUGGUCAAAUGCGUGCAGCUAUAACUCGCCUCGCAGACGCACUACCGUAUGCUGAUGACGCUUCGUCCACACCCUCAGCUCGAGGCCCAACGGAUCUCGUUUCCUCUGUCCCCAAAUUCCAACCAAUUAAACCCCCACGUCGGAACACUUUGGGCUCAGCAAAUAUCAGCAGAACAGAAUCUUUUACCACUGACUGGGCUCGUUCAUCGCGAAACAAUGGAGGGAAUGGGAAUGGUCCCACCAAAUCAACAACCAAUGGUCUUUCUCCACUCCGAACAAAUACAUCAUCCCUGCAAACCGGUCCUCGUCGAGGCACUGUACGGACUAUGAUAGAUCGUUUUCAAAGAUAA